GGCAGCCUGUUCUAGGGCCUGGCAGAAAGUCCACACAGUUCCCAGCCUGAAUCGGUCAAUUACUUUCAGAAGAAAAGGAAGACCUAUGACAUCCCUGGAGAGUCAAUACCUGUGACAUCCCUGGAGCGUUGGUACCUAUGAUAUUCCUGGAGAGUUACUUGCUGCAUACUUCCCUCAGGCCCUGCUGGCAGUAAAGGGCUAUCUGUCCAGGCCCUCUAGCACCGGCCACCUGCCAUUCACCUCUUAUGCACUCCAGCACCCCCAUCAGCUCCCUCUUCUCCUUCACCAGCCCGGCAGUGAAGAGACUGCUAGGCUGGAAGCAAGGAGAUGAAGAGGAAAAGUGGGCAGAGAAGGCAGUAGACUCUUUAGUGAAGAAACUGAAGAAAAAGAAAGGAGCCAUGGAUGAGCUGGAGAGGGCCCUCAGCUGCCCAGGGCAGCCCAGCAAGUGCGUCACAAUCCCCAGGUCCCUGGAUGGGCGGCUGCAGGUGUCCCACCGCAAGGGGCUGCCCCACGUCAUUUAUUGCCGCGUGUGGCGCUGGCCUGAUCUCCAGUCUCACCAUGAGCUGAAGCCGCUGGAGUGCUGUGAGUUCCCGUUUGGCUCCAAGCAGAAAGAGGUGUGCAUUAACCCCUAUCACUACCGCCGGGUGGAGACCCCAGUGCUGCCGCCGGUGCUUGUGCCAAGACACAGUGAAUACAACCCCCAGCUCAGCCUCCUGGCCAAGUUCCGCAGUGCUUCCCUCCACAGUGAGCCUCUCAUGCCGCACAAUGCCACCUAUCCCGACUCUUUCCAGCAGCCUCCGUGCCCUGCCUUCCCUCCCUCGCCCGGGCCAGGGCACAUGUUCUCACAGUCCCCGUGUACCGCCGGCUACCCUCACUCCCCUGGAAGCCCCUCCGAGCCAGAGAGCCCCUAUCAACACUCAGUUGACACACCACCCCCGCCUUAUCAUGCCACAGAAGCCCCAGGGACCCAGAAUGGCCGGCCUGUAGAUGCCACAGCUGAUAGUCAUUUAGUGCUGUCAGUGCCUCAUGGAGACUUUCGACCAGUUUGCUACGAGGAACCACAGCACUGGUGCUCUGUUGCGUACUAUGAACUGAACAACCGAGUGGGGGAGACGUUCCAGGCCUCCUCCCGAAGCGUGCUUAUAGAUGGAUUCACAGACCCUUCAAACAACAGGAACAGAUUCUGUCUUGGACUUCUUUCUAAUGUAAACCGGAACUCAACAAUAGAAAACACCAGGAGACACAUAGGAAAGGGCGUGCAUUUAUACUAUGUUGGGGGAGAGGUGUACGCCGAGUGUGUGAGCGACAGCAGCAUCUUCGUACAGAGCCGGAACUGCAACUAUCAGCACGGCUUCCACCCGGCCACCGUCUGCAAGAUCCCCAGCGGCUGCAGCCUCAAGAUCUUCAACAACCAGCUCUUUGCUCAGCUGCUGGCUCAGUCCGUUCACCACGGAUUCGAAGUCGUCUAUGAGCUAACUAAGAUGUGCACUAUCCGGAUGAGCUUUGUGAAGGGCUGGGGAGCUGAGUAUCAUCGCCAGGAUGUCACGAGCACUCCCUGCUGGAUAGAGAUUCAUCUCCAUGGACCACUGCAGUGGUUGGACAAAGUUCUGACUCAGAUGGGCUCCCCACAUAAUCCGAUAUCUUCGGUGUCAUAACAGUCAGUCACACCUCCAUCGACAUUUCUAGAACAUAGAUGCUGCCGCAGGCAGUGGCGUGCACCGUUUCAGACUCGCAGCUAGCGGAAGCUUCUACAUAUGUAAAUACGUAUAAUAUGUACCAUUCAUAUUUUUUAUCACCAGUUGUUUUGUGCUUUCUAGUUAAACCUGGUGCAGGUACAACGUGACUAGAAAAGCGAGUUUUCAUGCCUGUGCUGCAAUAAUAGGAAGCAGCUUCUAUUGUGGGUGGUAACGAAUGAAAGGCAACCGUGUCGAUAGUAUUUGAAAAAUGUUGGCAGAAUAAAAGGCGGCUUUAGUCAGCCGCGUCAUUAUAAGGCAUGUUGGGUGGCCUACCAGAAAAAUAUCAAAACUGUUUAUAUAUUAAAAAUCAGGGUACUAGCAGCACUAGAGCAAAUAACACUUUCAGACAAAAGAAAACCAUCAAAUCCCUAUAAUUUAAACAAUCUCACAUUUAGAGUUAUCAGCAAGGAAAACAACAACAGCAGCAGCAGCAGACCAAGCUUGUAAAAUCAGUUAUGUAAGAUAAGUCCCAUAAAUGAUUUUACUUCUCAAGUUGAAAUACCUAUAGCUGGAUGGUUGUGCUGGUAUUAAUGGUACAUUUGAAACAAAUUUUAACUGUGAUUGGAGAAGAAACUGUGAAGCUGGGAGCCAUGUUGCCUCAUAACCUACCACUGGAAAAAAAACAGAAUGAGUCUAAUACAUGGGAAGUCUAAUACGUGAAAA